AUGUCAGCAACAUCCGAGAACUUUUACAAACUACUCCUCGCGGACGACAAUGAGCCGUUGAAGGGAGAAAAACACGGCGAUGAGGUCGCCAAGUCGUUAGAAGAGGAAUGCCUCAAGAUGUCCAAGGGAUGUGCCUUGACCGUGGGAGGCAUCGUGGGUGCGUUCUUGGAAGGUGCCGUGCUGGGUCUUUUCUGCAUCUUAAGCGCGAAUGAAGUCUACCUUGUGGAUGGACUCGGCAAGUUCAGCGGCAAAGAACUCCGCGCUGCCAUUAUCUUCAUCUGGUGCGUCAUUACCGCCCUCAUGGCUAUGGCAAUCUGCAAACUGUUCAAGAGCUUGAUUGCCGCCGUGUUUGCUUCCACCUGCUUGUACGAUGAAACCACCGAUGAUCAGACCAAGAAGCGAGCGGAGCUGAUCACCAGGAAGAUUAUUAUGAUUAUCGACAUUUGGUACUGCUUCGGCUGUCUCUGCGGAAUGACCCUUUGCUGGUCCGUCACGUACAAUCUCCUGGGAGUCCAGAAAGAUUUCUUUGAUUGCCUGUGGGUCGUCAUGUUUGCGUUUUUCUACUGGGUUGUCGUGUGGACUAGCGCGAAAGUAGAAAUGGAAACUGAAGAAGAAGACACUCCCACCGAAGGGGAAGAUACCGCGGAUGAAACGGAGGAAAGCGACCGUGCACCUGCUAUUGAGACGGCUGUGCCUUUCCUCGACAAGGAAUGCCUUUCCGCAUCUUUCAGUUGA